AUGGAAGAAUCAUGGAAACAAAGAAAUUUUCGACGAUUAACUUUGGAAGCCCAGUCUGAAUGUAUAAAAAUGAAGCAAGAAUUCAAUCAAAAAAUUCUUCAACUGGAAGCCAAACUAAAAGUUAGUCAAAGUGAAUUAGAAUCCGUGAAAGCCAAACAAGCCGGUGAACAAGCUGCAUUAAAAACAGCAUUAAUGCGUGGUGUCUGUGCAUUGAAUAUGGAAACAAUGGCUGUAUUCAAUGAAACGUUACCAAAUUUGAAUAAAGAACAAAUGAAUAAAAAAUUGACUAUUGACCCGCAUAUUUUAAACGAACAUCAUCAUUCUAUAGAUGAUAAUUUACAAUUAGAUCAGCUGACAUCAACGAAAUCAAACGGUUACCAUUUAGACAGAUCUAUUCAUAAUCAAUCAGAGAAAAUGAUUUUCAACAUACAAACUGAUCAACUUGUACAAACCACUCCUCAAAGUACUACUGAAUUCUAUGAUCGAAACAGACCGAAUUCUAUGGAAGAAUGGCCAAGAGAUACAUUGCGUAAUUUAGAACCAUCUUAUGGUAUUGAUAUGAUUAGAAAAGGUAACAACUAUACAAAACCGUUAAGUCAUUCCACAGAAAUUUGCGAACGUUGGUUAAGUCAUCAUCAAAGUGAUUACCGUGAGAAUGAUUCACUGAAUUUAUCUGGUGUACUGACCUGUAAAACACCCGAUCGUCAUUUACAAACUAAUCAAAGUUUAUCCGAUCAAAAUGAAUUAGAACGCGACAAUUAUGUGGAACAUCGAUCAUUGCCAAACAAGGAUCUAGCCCCCAGCCGAAAUUACAUCAACAUACACUCUACCAAGACGAAACAUGAAAGAGCCGAUCGCAACUUAUAUGAUGGCAAAACGCAUACAUCAGUAGAAAAUGCGAAAAAAAUGUUAAGUUCACGCAAUUCAUCAAAUCGUGUUUGUUUUACAACAAAACAACAAAAGUUUUCAUUAUAUCCAAGACCACAAACUGUAGAGCAUGGAAUACCUACUGGAAACUGUCCCAGUGGUUCAACAAUUAUGGCGAAUAUCUUAGUUCAUCGACAUGAAACUAGUAAUCAGAUAAAUUCAACAGAAAAUAUGGAUGAUAAUACAACACAAAGGCAUACAAUUCAUUCAAAAGGAAUUCAUUAUACUACACAUUGUCAGCAUAAUUUUUCUUCAACACAACCACGUUUAUAUUCUGAUUUCUAUUCACAUAGAUAA